GGUCUCUCAGCCCCUCCCCCUUGGUGCCAUAUGAGAAUAAUACUGGCCUACUUGCUAGCGCUGUUGUAAAGAUGGUUGGAGAUCAAUGUAAAGUGUUUUGAGUGCUAAGAAAAAAGCACUAUAUAAAUGUGUUCGUAAUGACUCACUAACCAGAAAGGGGCUACUCUUUCCUUGUUAACUAAGCUGCUAGUUAAAACUGCUACUGUUGCUUUUUAGCCUUUGCAAAAUGGUUCUGGUUCCAAGGCAGUAAACACACUAUCCAGGCCCCCAUGAUGGAUAUGAGAUAGCUGUGUGGCAAGGAAAAUCACUUUGCUGCUGUUCUCCCUCUAAUUUUUUUGGGGGGAGGACUAGAUUUUAUGUGCUGCAGCAUACAAGAGUAGAACUGGUUAAGCUGCAAAAGGAGUGCCAAGUGAAUUAAAACUGACACACACUUGUGCUACCCCUGCAAAAAGGGAGCAAAGGAUAGAAUUAUAGAGUUGGAAGGGGCCUGUAAGGCCAAACCCAUGAUCUCCAGGCAGUGGAGCCUUCCUGUCCACUAAAGCCACAGUGUGGCAUGACAACCAUUGCUGCUUACAAGGAAGGAACAAGAUAGAUUUCAUGGGAGAUACCAUGGAGAGAGGAGUGAUGAAAUUCCAGAGAAAGGGAAGACCCUGCUGUCCUCAUCACUUUGCCCCUACCCCCAUAUUUGCCAUUGCAACCACUAUCUCAUCUGUCCUCUGCUGAAAGUAGAGUACAGUAAUCAUUGUCCUUCCAUGCCAGGGGUACAGGGGAGCCAUUUUUUAAAACAAAAAACUGGACUUUGAUCAGCCUUGAGGCAAAGAAACUGGGAAAGUUUGAAUGCCAAAGCAUAAAUGCAAGUGCAAGACAACUCUUUUGCAAGAUACCUUGGUGUUUACGAGUUGGAGGAGAUCAACAGCCAUCACUUAUCUGUCUAUCUGUGAUGUUGGAUCAUGCCCCAACCAGCUCCCGAUGGAUAAUUUUUUACUAUUCAAAGCCCUGUCCAGAGAAGAAAAUGCACCUGCUGAUUGAUCACCUCCAGAUGACUCAAGGUCAGGCUGCUGCCUGCCGAAAUCUUGCAAGAUGUACAUCCCUUGCUAAGCUUGUGCGGAUCUGCUCCCCAGCUGUCAUCUUUAUAUGUGUAGGCAUUUUAAAGUGAUCUCUCUUAGAAGAUCAGCACUGCAGAAGCCAUGGCCACUACAAACCCUCUGGAGAACCUGCAGGUGGAAGCCAGUUGCUCCGUCUGUCUGGAGUAUCUAAAAGACCCUGUGAUCAUUGACUGCGGUCACAACUUCUGCCGUAUAUGCAUCACCCGCUGGUGGGAAGAUCUGAACCGGGAUUUCCCCUGCCCUGUCUGCCGCAAGACAUUCCGCCACCGCACACUGAAGCCCAACCGGCAGCUGGGCAACAUGGUAGAGAUAGCCAAGCAGCUGCAAGUCACGAAUAAGCGGAAGGUACGGGAUGAGAACUUGUGUGAAAAGCACCAUGAAGUCCUCCGCCUCUUCUGCAAGGAUGACCAGGAAGCUGUUUGCUUAGUGUGCGAGAUCUCCCAUGAACAUCGCUCUCAUACAGUCGUGUCGCUGGAUGAUGCCUCCCUGGAGUGCAAGCAGGAAAAGCUGCAGAAGUGCCUGGAGCCGCUCGAACGGAAGCUGCAGGAGAUUGGCCACUGCAAAGCCCGAGAGGAGAAGAAGCCUGGGGAGCUCAAGCGGAAAGUCGAGGAGCGCCGCCAUCUCAUCAUCAGAGAGUUUGAGGAGCUGCAUCUGUUCCUGGAGGAGGAGCAGGAAGUGCUGAUGCGGCGCCUGGAGAACGAGGAGAAGGAGAUUCUGCAGAAGCUGAAGGACAACGUGACUGAACUGUCCGAGCAGCGAGCCUCCCUCACCAGCCUCAUCACAGAGAUUGAAGAGAAGUGCCUGCAGUCAGGCAUGGAGAUGCUCAAGGAUGUGAAGAAUACCCUCGAAAGCCAGCUAGAUGCCUCCGGGAAGCUCACAGGCAGUUUGCCCCCAUCUGCUAUUCAGAGAUGUGAAGAGGUGCAAGCCAAAGAGCUGAAUCUGGUCUCCAUUGAGUUGGAAAAGAAUUUCUGCAACUUCCCCAGGCAGUACUUUGUCCUGCGCAAAAUCAUCAAGAGGCUAACAGGUGUGUCAAACCAGGGAGAUUUAACCCUUGACCCUGAGACGGCACACCCCAACUUAGUGCUCUCGGAGGACCGCAAGAGUGUCAAGUUUGUGGAGCAGCGCCUGCGAGACCUUUCUGACAGCCCAAGGCGCUUCACCAUCUACCCUUGUGUCUUGGCGACAGAAGGCUUCACCUCGGGCCGCCACUACUGGGAGGUGGAAGUGGGCGAAAAGACCCACUGGGCUCUGGGAGUCUGUAAUGACUCAGUAAGCCGUAAAGGGGAGACGACCUCUCUGCCUGAGACUGGCUAUUGGCGGGUGAGGCUCUUCAAUGGGGACAAGUAUGCAGCCACCACCACCCCAUUCACCCCGCUCAAUGUUGCCAUUAAACCCAAGCGCGUGGGUGUCUUCCUGGACUACGAGGCUGGCAAGCUUUCCUUCUACAAUGUGACAGAUCGCUCCCAUAUCUACACGUUUACGGACACCUUCACUGAAAAGCUUUGGCCUUUUUUCUACCCAGGGAUCCGUGCCGGCCGCAAGAACGCUGCUCCCCUCAUCAUUCGGCCUCCCACGGACUGGGAGUGACAAAACAACCAAUUCCCAACCCAACCCGACCGGCAUCCCUCUAGGAUUAGCCCUCAAAUAUGUAGAGGGUUGUUUUUUUUAAAAAAAAAUCUUGGCUUCUCAACUGGGAGGGGAGCUAAGAACAGAAAUCCCAGCAACAUCAUCCCCAACCAGAAAUAGCAGAAGGAAACGUGCAACGGCUUUCAAAAACACCUCCCCCCCCCCCAAAAAAAACACCACCAACCCACAGAAAUAUUGAUAUUUCAUAUUAGGCUUCAAUAAAACAUGAUGGGAUGUGUCAGUAAUGAAGGAAAGGCAAGAUCCUCCUGAAAGUCAAGAAGCUGCUUUGGAGCAGUACAACUUUGGUGAAGGCAAAUGAAGAAGUUGUUCCCUUCUGCAGUCCCAAACCUUGGAUGGGGCUUAAAUCUGAGACGAUGAUGAUGCUUCAACCUAGUCUGAUGAUUGGCCAAAAAAAUAAAAUAAAAGCCACACUCUUUGCAUUGGCUGUGGGCAGAGCUGGUCAGAAAUGUGUGUGAAUGAGAGGGCGAUCAUUCACUGUUCAACGUGGCAGAAGUCUGCUACAUGGGCAGUGGAGGGAAGUGACCUCUUUGUGAAGGGAUUCAUUCUUGCAUGUAUAGACAACAGAAACCAUCUCUUCUUCCCCCCCUUACUCCUUCCGCAGCUUAUUCGGUGUGUGCAGUAACACCCCAGUGCUCACUUUCAGGGUGGUGGCAUCUCUGUGGGAUGCGCAGCCCUUGUCAAUCAGUCAAGGUUGCAGCCAGCUGGCAGAUCUGAAUGACAAAGAUAAGGAGUGCUGGAACAAAGGUUCUGGCUCGGCUCCAGAAGGCAGAGCUGUGUGGUAGCGCCCUUAGACGAGCUGGUCUUAAAUAUGACUUUUUUACGUGAAGGGCCAGUUGCGUGCUGCCUCCCGGCUCAUAGCAGGUAGCUACCAUUUGGGUUUUGCUUGUGGCAGUUGAUCCACGCAAUCCCAGGCUGCCAUCGCAAAGCCCCUCGGUAGCCAUGUUGAACAGUAGGUGUUGUGACUCUUGCCUGUGGGCAAUGGGAAGAAUGGCUGACGGCAUUUGCCACAAUCAGGGAGCUGCCCUAGGCAGAAGCAGCAACCGCAGUGUGCACUGGACCUCCAGUGCAAUGGGUGGACGUCUUCCAGUACGUCACUUGAAUUAUUUGAGUGAAAGGCACCUCUCCUGACCGAUGUAGCCCAAAGUUUGCCUUUGUCACAUGUGGGCAGACGUGGCUGAGCCAAAUGUGACUGGGAGGGAACUCUUAAUGUAAAACUCCUCCAAAAAUGUACAAACGCUCAGACACAUCCACACUUCUUUGCUCAAUGUUUUGGGAAGAAGCAGCAAAAUGCAGCUUGCAUGUUUACCUGUUUUGAGUGCAGGCAAAUCUGAUUGGCUACAGUAUGGUGUGACAUCAUCACACUGCCUGUGUGAUCCUAGUUUGGCUGGCAUUGCCUUAGAGAAAAGGCAGUGUUUUAUUUGGGGGGUUUUGUGCGUAUGUGGAGGGGGUGGGGAAGAAUAGUGCUGAAGCUUCAGAUUGGGGAAAGAAACAGCUGUUAACAGAUGGCAAGAGCGUAUGAAAAGGGGAGAUGUGUAUAUGUAAUUUCCCCAUCACCACCCAUAGUCCUGAGAGAUUUCAUCACUGAAAAUGUCCCACCACCUUGAAAAGGAGGUGCUGUCUGACCUGGCUUGGAGAGCCCAAUUGUUUGUCCCUUGUAGAUAGCAAAGCUCUGUUUGGGCUAAAGGAAACUAAAAUGAAACAGAUUGGGAAAAAGAAAGAACAGAUUCUUAACAACUUUACAUUGCAGAGGAAUCCCAUCUCUUUACAAAUAUAUUAAGCGAGGUGUUGCAGGGGUGGAUGCAGGAAUUACGUCAGCACUGAAAUUCUGACUACUUUGUAUGUGCAAGAUCCAUCUUAAAGGGCUGGAGCUCUGAGUUUUGUUAGAAAGCUGGUACAGCUUUUCUUGUUAUAUUGCAGCCUUCCCCAACUUGGUGACCUCCAGAUGCUUUGGACUAUAGUUCCCAGCAGCCUCAUCCAGGAAAACAUAUAGAGGGCACCAGGUUGGGGAUGGGUGUGCUAUUGGAAUAUAGCUUCAUGUGAAGAGUGGUGCCUUCACUUGCAGGUCUUAUUUCUGGGAAAAGGAGGCAUUUUUACCUUUCUGAGGUUUCGUAGCACAAAUGGGAUAGUUCUUAAUGCCGGGGGGGGGUGAGUGGGAAGGCCUCUGCUCCAGCCCCAGUGAGUUUUGGCUGUGGUAACAGGAGAUACUGCUCCCUGCUGAUCACUGAACUUAACUGACUUGGGGGGGAGGCGCGAUAAGAGUACCCACAGUUGGAGUUUGCCUUCAAAAGCUGAAGCAGAGUUAGGAGAUGAGGAAUUGUUACAAAAGGUGUGUGUAUGUAUGUGAUUAGGAUAUACUUGAGCACAAAAUACAUGUAAUGAACCAGGAUUCCAGUGCCCUCUAAACCUAACGGAGAAAUCCUCUCUGUCCCUCUGCAGCAGGAAUGGGGAUCCUGUGGCCCUCUAGAUGAUGCUGGACUGCAACACCCACCGUCCCUGACUGUUGGCCAUUCUGGCUGGAGGUGAUGUAAGUUGGACCACAACAACAUCUGGAGGGCCACGGGUUCCCUGCCUCUGCUCUAGGGCGUUCAAUUUCCAGUUGAACCUCAGGUUAGUUAUUGGCUUCAUGAGCCCCUCCCAGUGAUGUCUUAUUGGGCUCAGCUUGCCUCUGCCUUGUAAUGGUAACGUCUGGAGUUGCACGAUUGGCUUGUAUAUGUGUGUCCACACAGUCGAGGAAGCUCUGAUUUGGGUAUUUCAAACCCUUGAGCAUGAGUGGGCUGGCAGCCCACAGCUUAGUGCAAGAUACUUGUGUUGUGGCUUGUAAAGUUAUUAAUAAAAACCUCUUGUUUUAUUUCACA